GCGAGAGAUGCCGAGGCCUACUGAGGACAUGAUCGAAACGUACGUCAGCCUCACCGGCGCGUCUCGCUCACUCGCCCUCCUAAAGCUCGAGGAACAUGGAGGCGAUCUCAAUGAAGCCGUGAAUGAACAUUUUAGGGAAGGAGAUGUACACAGUACAAGUCCCUCAUCCACUGCUCCCCCACAGCACAAUUUCCCUCAAGCUAGUAAUCAGGAUCAAGUAGCACCACAACAAGGACUUCUGCCACUUCUUUCUGUUGCUAGAAGUUUCAAGCCUUCAUUAUUGCUUGACCGUAAUUACACUAGGGAUCUCUACAGUCGUAUUGGUUCUGCAUUAACUGGUCGAGCACCAUCACCUUCACACCAAGGAGAGGUUACUGGGUUUCCUGUAGGUUUCAGUCCAGGGAAUGAGCAUCCUCAUCUCGCAGGUCAGAGGCCUACAAUUCCAUAUGUGGCAAGAACCGAAAUCAAUGCCUCGAGAUAUCGCAAUGAUGUGGAAGAAGAAAUGAUUCAGGCUGCUAUAGAAGCAUCAAAACGAGAAGCUGAAUUGGGUUCUCCGAAUGUGCGUAACAGGAAUCUCAAUGUACUUCCUGGUAAUGGGCUUCCGGAUGAGAAAAUUACUGAAGAACAUUCAGAUAUUGACCGCGCAGUUUUGCUGUCCUUGAAGACAGCAGAACAAGAGAAGGCAAUGCGUGAGAUGCAACUGAACGACAGGAAUCUAGAUCCAGGAGUUUACAGUACAUGGAAGCGAGGAUCAUCAUCACACCAAAAUGGAGCUGAAGUUGUAGAACAACAAUUAGUCGGUGAAGAGUCGAACUGUAAUGGUGGUAAUCAUCUUCAGCAGGAAAAACUGGAAACAUACUAUGAUGAGUUGGGCAGCUUAUCUCCAAAAGAACUUGACGAAGCUAUAAUGCUGGAGAGUGCACUUUUUGGUGGAUCUUCAUACAUUCCUGAUACUCAGCCUGUACAUGGCUUUUCCUCAUCAUCUCUAUCAGCAAGGCAAUUGCUCAGAGAACAACAGGAUGAUGACUACCUUGCAUCCCUCGUAGCUGAUAAAGAGAAAGAAAUGAAUGCUAUCCAUGAAGCUGCAACUUCUCAGUUGAAGGCAGAUGCCAACAAAAGAAUUGAGCCAAUGGAACUUGAGAGAAGGCUUUCUGCAAAAAGUGCUUCACUUCCUUCUGAACCAGCACCAAAUGAUGAGAAUGCUGUGACUCUUCUUGUUCGGAUGCCAGACGGCAGCCGCCUCAGCCAUCGCUUUCGCAAAUCUGACAAGCUUCAGCUUCUUUUCGACUUCAUAGAUGUCAGUAGAGUGGUGGAGCCUGGAACUUACAAAGUGGUCAGGUCGUAUCCUCGGCAUGUUUUCAGCGCCAAUAACAGCUUAUCAACAUUGAGAGAACUUGGUUUGACCAACAAGCAAGAAGCACUAUUUUUGGAACUGAUAUAGUAGCAUAUUUUCCUUGCAUUCUGAUCAGUUUCCAUAAGAUCAAAUGGUGCCAAGCUCUUUCCUGUAUAUAAGGUCCAAGUCCUGCUGAAGAGGCCUAAAAACUCAUGCAUUUGUGUCUCAAUCAAGUUGUGAUUAAUUAAGAUAUGACGAUCAUAUGUCUUCCUUUCCUACCCAGUCG